AUGCCGGGGAAAAUUCUUGACAGAUACGACCAUGUCCCUGUGACAAAGGAGAAUCUGGACUGGGCGGAGCUUAUUACUCUUGACCUUGGCACGUACGAGCAACCUGGUGGCAAGGAAAAACUUGUGAAGCAGCUAGAUCAUGCUGUGCGACAUGUUGGGUUCUUCUACGUUAAGAACUUCAACAUUAGCCAAGAAGACGUGGACCGCCAGUUCGCUCUAGGCCGUGAAUUUUAUGCUUUACCGCUCGAGGAGAAGCUCAAGUAUCAUAAUGCAGAUGACCUUGCUCGCGGCGAGUAUAACGGAUACAGACCUGCUGGCCACCGCAUCCUCGGGGAUGGUGUCAAGGAUAAUGUGCAGGUGUAUAACAUUCCCAAAUUUGAUGGAUAUCAUGAGCGACAGCAGCCUCCCGUUCUUUCAGACAAUAUUGCUGAGAUCGAGGCAUUUAGCCGCAAAUGCCAUACUGAAGUAGUAGAAAAGCUACUACGCCUCUUCGCAAUUCUUCUCGAACUCCCCGAUGAGGAUCAGCUUGUCCGCGAUCACAAGUACGAUAUCAAGGGCGAGGACCAUCUGCGCUACAUGCAUUAUGCGGCCCGUAGUGCCGCAGAAAACGAGAAGGUCGGCGGUCUUUAUAGCCCUGGACAUACUGACUUGGGAUCGGUGACACUGUUGUUCCGUCAGCCUGUGGCUGCCUUACAGAUCCUCAACUCUGAUGGCGACUGGAAGUGGGUGCGCCCGCAAGAUGGGACUAUUACAAUUAACACCUGCGAUGCCCUCACCGCGCUCACGGGUGGAUUGAUUAAGUCUAGCAUCCACCGUGUGCACACGCCGCCUGCAGACCAGGCACAUGUCGAUCGGUUGGGCGUUCUAUAUUUUGCUCGCCCCAAUAACCAUGUCAUCCUUAAUCCUAUAAAGAACAGUCCGCUGCUCAACCGGCUUGGGCUGACGCAGAACGUCUUCACCGAGCUCGGUCAGCAUCUCACCACGGAGCAGUGGGUCAAGGCGCGACAGACCCAACAGCAGCGACGCCACGAGGAUGUCAAAGUCUCCAAGGAUGGAAAAUACACUUACGGAGAAAAGACCCUCGAGAUUAUCCCCGGCCUUGAGGCUAAAAUAUACAAUUAG